AGUCUUAACAUUCGCGGUCGUCAAAAAUGCUUAAAGCAAUUUUUGUGCUGAUUGUGUUACUAAAGUUAACAUUUGGAGCGCCAGCAGAUCUUGUGCCUGCUCUCAAUGUUGUAGAUGCCAAAAAUAGAGGAUUUAUUUUGCAGCCCAAUGAAGAUGGAUAUCAAUUAGCUAUAAGAGGCGUUGGCCAUUCUCUUGCUGAAAAUGUGGCACAGGACGAAGAAGGCGAACUUCAUGUGCAGGGCCUGAUUAACCAAAAGUUUGAUAAUAAUGUGAAACUGAUUGUCAAAUACAUAGCAAACACUGAAGGAUAUAGAGCUAGCUAUAGGAUUCGAUUGCAAGAGAAGAAACCAAAGAAGCCCAAGAAGCCAAAGCAGCCCACAAAAAAGCCCGAUACUGAACCCAUCGAUAAGCCGGAUUUCCCAGAUGAUGAUGAUGAGGACAAACCAUUUGUGCUAACGAUUGCUAUCAAAGCCACCUGUCUUAAGUCGUGUGUCGGUUAAGCUAAUAUAUAAUCUUUAUAAAGCUAAUACUUUAAACUAUAAAUAAUACUUCAAAGCAAACCAGUUGUCGAUGCAAAUCCAGAGCUAAUUCAUUGACUCUAAUCAAACGUGCGAAGACAGGUUCAACGUGCUAGACUUCAAACACAUUCGCACAUAAUUAAA